AUGGAUUGGAAUUUGCCAGAUCACCCCCUCAGCCUGGACCUCCCAAAUAUACCGCUUGGUGAGAUCUGGCAAAUGGAUGAUGAUGAUUUAUCACGAAACCCUUACGACGACGAUCCAAUGCUGCGGUCUAGAGCCAAUUCGUUUGAUUUGCUUGAUUUCGUAAACGACGAUGUGGACGAUCCUGCAAUUCGGAGCCCAUCACGAAGGGAUUCUCCUGCACGGUUCGAUGACCUGGAUGAACACCAAGAAAUUCCGGUUGAGAAGGAAAAGACGAGGAAACGGAAGCGCAAAGGUUCCGAGUCAUGGGGCGCAGGACAUCUACCACCCGCCGUCCCAAGGGAUCAACUGCAAAAUUGCCAUUAUGGCGACCGGAUGCAUCAUUGGCAACCGGAUUUAGACGGGUUUCAGCGGAUCGCGAGGAGGAGUGGCCGGAAAACGCUGGCUGAAAAUUUAGUCCGAGCAAACCAAAUCGACGCAGCGCUUCGGGCACGCCUGUUGGAGGAGCGACUCUUUGCCGCGCAUUUUAGACUUCCGCUUGAUACGGAUGCGCUCGUGGCUGAAAUGCAUCUCCCGAAAGAUGAGAUAGAAAAUCUGAACGACGCUUAUGCGAAACGUGAAAAACAGUAUGAAAUGUUUGAGAUCCAACUCCGACCCUUGCAGUUAUUACGAUGCAAACGAAAGAAAACGGAAAGCGAAACUGGGGCCGAGGAGCCCGAAAAGUUUCGUGAAGAUCAUGACUACUUGCCCAAAAAGGCAAAAGUGGAAAAAUCAAAGCCAAAGACGGACAAUGUUGCUGUGGGAAACAUUGAGUAUAUUGGCCCGGGCGAUGAUCCGGACUAUCGAGCAAAGAACUCGGCGAUUCUGAAGGAGAAUCUACGCCGGCGAGGUUUCGAGGGGCCCAUUCGGGAGCAUCGACCAUGGCAUGAUGGCAUCAACACUUUCAUCAGCCCAAAGUUUGCCAAGAUUCAAAAAACCCUCGAUAUACCCGAGGAGAAAAAAUGGGCCAUUUUCGAGGACACCCUGCUGGCUCACCAGAAGAAGAUUGAUUUUGACGAGAAGGGGCUGGCUGCGAAGCUUGGCAUUCCAGAAGCAAAGGUGAAAGCCCUGAGGAGCAACUACUACAAAUCGGAAGGGCUGGCGCAACGUGGGAGUCAGCCAGCCAAUUCCAUCAGAACUGUCGCCAUCAACCCAGCAUUCAGCAGAAACGAUGGCAAUUACAUGGGCCAACUGCGAAAGAACAUGCUGCGGGCGCAUGAGGUGAUGGAUUUUAACGAGUUCCAGAAAACCCAACAAUGCGUCACAUUUUUGAUACGGUAUCCCCGGAUGUUCGCGAAAGGGUGGCAGGCUUCCAACGAGAUGGGCUGGACCUCGAAUCGCGGACCCGGAGAUUGCCGAACGCAUGGCCUGCUGGAAAGGACCUCAAUACCACUUUUUUUU